GCUGCUAGGCAGAAUGUCCACAGAUGAGCGGCACCUGACCUCCAGUUGUGGAUCUUUCAUCAAGACUGAGCCAUCCAGUCCAUCCUCUGGGAUUGACGCCAUUAGCCACCACAGCCCUAGUGGCUCAUCUGAUGCCAGUGGUGGUUAUGGCAUCACUAUUGGUGGCCAUCCUAAUGGCCUGGACUCACCACCCAUGUUCGGCAGUGCAGGGAUUGGUGGUGGGCCUUGCCGCAAGCGAUAUGACGACUGUGCCAGUGCUAUUAUGGAAGAUUCACCGACUAAAUGCGAGUAUAUGCUCAACGCCAUCCCCAAAAGGCUAUGUCUAGUGUGUGGGGACAUUGCAUCUGGAUACCACUAUGGAGUGGCCUCUUGUGAAGCAUGCAAAGCCUUCUUCAAACGAACAAUUCAAGGGAACAUUGAAUAUAGUUGCCCAGCUACCAAUGAGUGUGAAAUCACAAAACGGAGGCGCAAAUCCUGUCAGGCCUGUCGCUUUAUGAAAUGCCUCAAAGUGGGGAUGCUGAAAGAAGGAGUGCGUUUGGAUCGAGUGCGUGGAGGUCGCCAGAAGUACAAAAGAAGACUGGACUCUGAAAGCAGUACUUAUCUGAGCUUACAGAUCUCCCCUCCAGCCAAAAAACCAUUGACUAAGGUAGUCUCCCACUUGCUGGUGGCAGAGCCAGAGAAGAUUUAUGCUAUGCCUGACCCUACCAUGCCAGAAAGUGACAUAAAAGCACUGACGACGCUCUGUGACUUGGCAGACAGAGAACUUGUUGUCAUCAUUGGCUGGGCAAAGCACAUCCCAGGCUUUUCUAACCUUUCUUUGGGAGACCAGAUGAGCUUACUGCAGAGCGCCUGGAUGGAAAUCCUCAUCCUGGGUAUUGUGUAUCGCUCAUUACCUUAUGAAGAUAAACUGGUCUACGCUGAAGAUUACAUCAUGGAUGAGGAGCAUUCACGCUUGACGGGGCUCCUGGAGCUCUAUUUGGCCAUCCUGCAGCUGGUGCGGAGGUACAAAAAGCUGAAGGUGGAGAAGGAAGAGUUUGUCACUCUUAAGGCCCUGGCUCUCGCCAAUUCAGAUUCAAUGCACAUAGAAGACAUGGAGGCAGUGCAGAAACUGCAAGAUCUUCUCCAUGAAGCCCUUCAGGACUACGAGCUGAGUCAACGUCACGAGGAACCACGACGUGCAGGAAAGCUGCUGCUGACCCUGCCCCUCCUGCGGCAAACAGCUGCCAAAGCUGUGCAGCACUUCUACAGCAUCAAACUUCAAGGCAAGGUCCCCAUGCACAAACUCUUCCUAGAGAUGCUUGAGGCCAAGGUCUGACAUGCCCAGCCCCACCUAGAAAGCCCAGGAAACAAACUGGAAACAGGAGCAGCCAUGGAGCAAACCAAACCAAGAUGGCAGCUGGCUUUUAUCUUCAAUCAUUUACUGUGGAGGAGUAAUUUAACAUUCAUCUGGCAGCCUGCCAUCUGAAGAAUAUCAUGUACAGAGAGGGAAACUCUUUUAAUCAACAUCUUUUUUUUUAUUUGUGGGAAAUUCGCAACUAAGCUCUUGCACUUGCAGAGGGAACCAAGGAAAAUUUGGAGCCCCUGAGCAGUGAUGCUCUUUGCACUAUCUAGGGCAGCUGAUUCCUAGCUUUUCCCACCUUCUAAUGAAAGGAAGUGGAAACCAGAAGCAGGAAAUG